AGAAUCCAACCAUGCUGCAUGUCAUUGUUGAGCGGCCUCUGUUGGGAUUCAGGAAGGUGGUGUGGCGGAGGGUGGCGUGCUGCAGGCUUAGAAGCCAGGUGGUCUUUGCAGGUAGGAGCAAAGGUGUUGUUGCAAAUGCCAAGGGUGAGAAUUCUGUUCUGAGCCCCUGGCGCCGUCACUGAUGAAGUCGCUAAGUCAGAUCUUACCCCCCAUGAGUCAAUACGCAGUUGCAGACAACUAGCACGGAGGUAGUAGAAAACGUUGAUCCUGUUCCUCUGGUGAAAAAGGGUCAAACUUUGCCCAUAAGAGAGGAGAGUCCACGAGCAUGGGCGAGGAGGAAAAAUAUCCAUCGGAUUGACGAAAGAUGCCUCCACCUUCUGGAAGCAGUAUACCGUCAGUAGCAAUGAAUGCUGACGCAGGCGGUUCAGUGGGGCACAACGCUCAGGCGCCAGAGGAAGCGCAGCGACCUCUGGACUUCGAGCGUUGGUCUCUUGAUAGCGAAACAGCACAGUUUGAGGGAGGUAGCAAACACGACGGCAAUUCCUGUAGGAGCAGCUUAGAUAUUGAUGGGGUGGCAGUGGAGUCAGAGCGUCAAGGAAAAAGCCAAACAAAGCGUCCGUCUCAAAGCAGAAAGGAACAACAGCAUCAAAAAGCGGUCCAGAAGAAGUACGGGCCGGUGGGAUCAUUGAGCAAGAUCAAGCGUUUGCUGUCGUCCAGUGGGGGAGACUUUUCAGACGAAGAGGAACAACUAGGUGGGGAGAGAGAUACGCUGCUUGCGCCGGCCCCAUCAUCGUGUUAUGUGGACGCUGACGAUCAGAGUGAGGGGAAGGAGUCCGAGUACUGGAAGGAGGCCAAGCGACUAUGGAACCUCGCCGUGCCCAUCGCAUUUAUGCAGGUUCUCUGGUACGCGCGCACGGUCGCCAGCCUCAUCUUCGUAGGCCACCUCGGGGGGGUGCAGCUCGCUGGCAUCGCGUUGGCCAGUACUUUUGCGAGCGUGUCCGGGUAUGCUAUCAUGUUCGGCCUGGCUAGCGGAAUGGACCCCCUCUGCUCCCAAGCGGUCGGCGCCAAAGAGUACGCCGCAGUUGGGUUGACGCUGCAACGAGGGUGGGCCGUUUUACUGUGCGUGUGCGUCCCGACGUUUGCCACGUGGUGGAACGUGGAGCCCUUCUUUCGGUUUGCCAGGCAGGACCCGGUUCUGACGGGGUUUGCCAGCGAGUACUUGAGAAUCCUGACCCUGGACCUGCUGUUCAUGGGACUGGCGCAGCCGCUGCGGGUGUUUUUGCGGUCACAGGGCAUUACCAAGCCCAUGGCUUGCUUCGCCGGCAUCGCCUUCGCGGGCCACGUCUUCUUCCUCCACGUGUUCAUAAACCUGCUGAACCUCGGCGCGCGCGGGGCCGCGAUCGCGCAGUGCUGCACGUCGUUCAACUUCUUCAUGAUGCUACUGCUCUACGUGCGUUGCUACCCGGGGCCUCACCGCCAGUGCUGGGACGGGCGGUUCGACGCAAAGGCACUGAAUCCGGCGGGAUGGAAGCCGCUUUUGAAGCAGGCCAUCCCGUCGUUCGUGUCGCUCUACCUGCAGCGCUGGUUCUACGAGGGCAUGGUCAUCAUGGCCGGUUGGCUGCCAGACCCGCACGUGCCAGUUGGUGCGAUGGCGGUCGCUAUGAACGUGUUUUCACUGGUCACCAUGUUACCAAUGGCGUUCAACAUUGCGGGGGCGACACGUGUGGGGAACGAGCUUGGCGCGAACGCUCCUCGGGGCGCACAAGUCGCGAGCCGCGUCGCGUUCCUCUACGCCGUUUGCAUCGGCGUCAUGUGGUGCGUCAUCAUCACGUCAUCCCGUGAGGUCAUCCCCCGGGUUUUCACCACUGAUGGCGACGUCCGGGCGCUGUGCUCCACGUUGCUGGUCGCCCUCGGCGUCUGCCAGCUGUUCAACUGCCCCAUGUCGGUGCUCGGGGGACUGCUCCGAGGGGUGGGCAAGCCGUCGACAGUAGUGGUACUGAGCCUUAGUUCCUACUACGUCAUCGGGUUGCCCACUUCGGUUACGCUCACCUUCUACAAGGGUUGGGGCGCCCUCGGCCUCUGGUGGGGCCUAACAAUCGCUCAGAGCGUUAUGGUAACCCUGAUGGUUAUCGUCGUAACCCGGUUAUCGUGGCAGGAGUUGGCGGAUAAAGCGCGGAGCCGGGCGAAAGAGGGGGGCCGGGACGCGGAGAAAGUGCCUCGGAAAGGGGGGUGGAAAACUGGAAACGAUAAAGCGGGGGCAGAGGUUGAGAAGUUGCUCCGAAACGGGGGGGCAGAGAAAGCUGAUGUUGAGGCGGGGGUGAGUGGGGUCGGAAGCUCGAGGGAAAGAUAGCGACUGGCGAGACGCACGCGGUUACAAAUAGGAACAUUGAAGAGCUGGUCUCUGGAGCAGAUGAGACCGCCACGAAAGCAUAGGACGAGUUGAUACCCAUACAAGGCCGAUUUAUGGAGCAUGAUAUAAGUUGGUUGGGAGAGGUGGGCAGUCGCAGCAGAGAUUUGAGUAGGGAUGGCACUACGUGAAUUGCUCGCAAUGAUUCGAGAUCAAUUGAUGGUCACACACAACGGGAACACACUGGCUGCACGCAAGAAAUAAUGAUUCCUGGGACUCAAAUAGGCCCGCAUUUUGCCUGAUUGCUUGCGCCUUGACAAAAAUAGGCCCUGUACUUCAAACAUUUUCAGAAGCUCGCGCAGGCACAUGAGUUGGUACUUGACAAUUGAGUUGUUGGCCUCAAGAGAAACCUGCUGAGCCAACCGUAGCACUCAUUGUCAUGUAUUCAUUGGAAGUGAAUUUGAACGUAUCAUAUGUAUCCAAGUUCAAUUUUAACAGGUCAAAGCUCCGAGACACGACUGCAUUGGAUAAGGCAAAUUCGAAAGAGUGGACCAUGGUCAAGUUUUUUAAAGUCCUG